AUGGACAAGAAGAUAAAAUCUGCUCAGCACAAAAAACUCGUCGCAGUGGAAAACAUUAAGGCGCUGGAGCGCUUUAAGCAGAACUUCAAACCCGAAAAUGUAGGUGAAAUCCCGGAGGUUAUGGAAAGUUUGGAGCAACACAGACAGGACUUUUUUGCCGCGGUGGCAAAGCUGGAAGAGUAUGACGACACCAGUGAGGCGAUUCAAGCCUGUAUUACUGACAGGAUUGAUAUGGAAGAGCGCUGUCGGCGGCUAAAAUCGUUCCUUAGAGAAAACCAGCGGAAGGAAGCCAAUUCGCUCAACGACUCCCUAUUGGCAAACUCAACCCUAGCGUUUGGACGGCCAAAUACAUCAAACAUUCGUUUUCCCAAAAUCGAAUUACCAACGUUCGACGGUGAUUCGACAAAGUGGUUGUCAUUCCGCGAUCGCUUUGUCGCGAUGAUUGACGCAAGUGUCGAGCUGCCGCCAAUUGCAAAACUGCAGUACUUACUUUCGUCCCUGAAAGGUGACGCUGCGGUUCCCUUCGAACAUGUUACUCUGACCACGGAAAACUAUUCUGUUACCUGGGCUGCGCUGCUUAAGCGAUACGACAACUCACGGAUGCUCAUUCGCGAGUACUGGCGACGGCUACAUUUCCUACCUGCGAUUGCAACAGAAAGUGUCGAUGGCUUGACGUCGUUGGUAGAUGAAUUCGUGCGAUAUGUGAAUGGGUUGCAGAAGCUGCAUGAACCUGUCGACUCAUGGGACACGCCUUUGUCCAACAUGUUGCUGAUGAAGCUGGACAAUGAGACCAUUCUGGCGUGGGAAAGGCAUUCUGUGCAUAAGAAGAAGGACAAGUACAGCGAGUUGAUCGAAUUCCUGCAAGACCGAAUUCGAAUCCUAAAAUCGAGCCAGAGUAUCUCGUGCGAUCGGAUUGUGGCUCCGAUCAAGGGGGCCGGGGCACAUCGGCCCACCGCACCACGGCGGUCGGUAACCAACGCUGCUUCUGUGCAAAGGAAUACUCCCGUUUCAUCGACCAGUCAACAAGUGACCUGUCCAUUGCAGUGUGCAGAUCAUCACCUGGUUCGAAAUUGCCCGGUAUUUUAA